AUGGGGCUUUCUUUAUCCGUCGGUGGCUACACAUCUACCGCAUCUACCACACCUCAUACACAACCGAAAAACCAACCAGUCCGCAACCCAUGUCAUAUUUAUCUACCACGCAGCCGGUGUAUUAACCAACCGACCAAGUCUUCAACCCGCGUCACACUUAUAAACACUACAACCCUAAUCCAAGUCUGCAAUCCACGCCACUCUACAAGUACCACACUAACUACACUCACCAGCUCUUCAAAACAUGUCACACAACCCCAAAAUCCCCAACCAACCCACCAUCUCAACUCGCUCCCGCCCUACCACAACCCAAAAACCCCACAAACCCACCAGCUCCUCAACUCCGGCCCUCCCACAACCCCAAAACCCCAAAACCCCAACCAACCCAUCAGCUCCUCAACUCCGGCCCUCCCACAACCCCAAAACCCCCAACCAACCCACCAUCUCCUCAACCCACUCCGGCCCUACCACAACCUAAAACCCCCAACCAACCCACCAUCUCCUCAACCCACUCCGGCCCUACCACAAACCUAA